AUGGCUUCCCAAAGCUGUUGGAGGUGCCUCCUCCGGCCCUCUACAGCCGCCAACCAAGCUCCCACAACUACCAGGCAGCUCGUGCCGACGACCCCGAACGAAAGGAUACUGCAGACCAGGACAUUGCCCGCCGCCUCGUUCUCGACCACUGCGCAUCAUCAGGCCACCAAGGGUGGCGGUGUGGGCCAGCGCACUGGCAAGCGCAUGCAGCUCUCCAAGUUCAAGAAGCCCAAGGAGAUCGUCAGAGGAAAGACGCCACUGCCCGGCGAGAGGAAAGCAUGGCGCAAGCGCAUCGUCCUGUCCAACAACAACGCCAUCCCGGUUCAUGGCUCCCCGAGACUGGACGCGGAAAACAUGGCGGCUUCUGACAGCGCCGGGAAGGUCUUCAAGAUCCCCGAGGAGACAAUUGACCAGCUGCGCGCGAGCGAGGCCUUCAAGUCGAGCCAGACCUGGGGCCUGUUCAACAGCCCGCACACCCUGGUCCGCCCCGAGACGGUCGAGCUGUGUGCGGGUAUGAAGGAGAAGGUGGCCAAGAAUGAGACGCUGCGCGUGGUAAUAUCAGGCGAGAGGGCCGCAGGAAAGAGCGUGGUGCUGUUACAGGCCAUGGCGAAUGCCUUCUUGAACGAGUGGGCUGUCAUCAACAUCCCUGAAGCCCAGGACCUGACCACCGCCUGCACCGACUACGCGCCCAUCCCCGACACUAACCCCCAGCAAUGGAUGCAGUCCGUCUACGCCCUCAAGCUGAUGCAGAACAUCCGCAACGCCAACCGCGCCGUGCUGGACCGCGUCUACACCACCCGCUCCUACGAGGAAUUCACCAACCCCGUCGCACAGGGCGCCACGCUCAACGCGCUGAUCGAGUCGGCCCGCGAGCCCGACCAGGCCUGGCCCGUCUUCUCCGCCCUGUGGCACGAGCUCACACUCAAGAGCGAGAGGAGCCCACGGCCCCCCUUGCUCUUCGCCCUGGACGGGCUCGCCUUCACCAUGAGGGUCUCGGACUACCGCAGCACGGCCUUCGAGCCGAUCCACUCGCACGACCUUGCCAUCGUGCGCAUGUUCACCGACCUGCUCUCGGGGAAGACCGCCCUCCCCAGCGGCGGCGCCGUCAUCGGCGCCACGUGCCGCUCCAACUCGGCGCGCAACCCCAGCAUGGAGCUCGCCGUCGAGCGCCAGCUGGCCCGGCAGCAGGGCGUCCCCGAGGAGGAGCUGCCGCCGCGCGACCCCUUCAGCAGGCUGUACGACGCGCGCACCGACGAGGUCAUGGAGGGCACCGGGCUGCGGGUGCUCGACGUCCGCGCCGUCACCAAGCCCGAGGCGCGCGCGCUCAUGGAGUACUGGGCCGCCAGCGGGAUGCUCAGGGCAGUGGUCAACGAGCGCGAGGUCACGGAUAAGUGGCAGACGGGCGGCAACGGCAUCAUUGGGGAGAUGGAGAGGGCCGGGCUGUUGAGCUUGAGGAUCUGA